CCUGCGAUGAAUGCUACCAACAACACAGAUCCUGAUGACGUGCCAUCGACCCGCGCAACAACUCCCAUCUCGUCAGCCCACAGGUCAGCAGCGAAGGAUGGUUGCAUCCAUCCCAUCUCGCCUGUGCCGGAGUGUGCCUGACUGAUCUGCUGUGUGUCCAUCAGGGGCAACCGACACCAUUCUCCCAAUGUGUCAAUGACUGUGACGCCGGUUGGAUACGGCCAUGUGCGGGGAGGGAGUGACUCAUGCCAGAGGCUGUCGGGGCGGAAGAGGAAACGCAUGUCCGCGGUACACCAGGAGGAUGAGAGAGACUGUCACUGUCCUCACGUCAUUGUGGCUGGUCUGUCGUCUGUGUUCACUCAUGCAGGUCGAGAGGUUCUAUCCCAUCCGACACACGCUCUUCUCGCGUUUCGAUCAAGGUGCGAUGGAGGUCCUGCAGUCAUGUGUGUGUGCACAGCCGCCCGACCUUUCAGUAUGCAUCCGAUCCACUGGAUGACUUUAGGCAUCCAGCUGGCUGAUGACGAGCAAGAUGACGAGAUGUGGUAUUCCGUCACCCCUGAGCCCAUCGCCCGCCAGAUCGCCUCUCGAUGCAAGACGCCCAAUGGCAUCAUUUUUGACGCCUUCUGUGAGUGAGAGCGGGGCGCUCACAGACAGGUGGUCGCCUCUACCUUCUUGUGGUCAGGUGGUGUGGGCGGCAACGCCAUUCAGUUUGCCUUUGCGGGUGAUUUCGUGCUGUGCUGUGACGUCGUUGCUGGCCGCCUCGAGAUGCUCAGAAACAACGCACGCGUAUACGGUUAGUCAACAGAGAGGUGGAACACAUAUGUAUGCGUGUGUGUCGGUGUGUGCACACAGGUCAGUCAGGUGGACUGGACUUAAUCCAUGCCGACUUCAGGACACUCAGACUGAGGCCUGGUGUGGAUGGAGUGUUCUUGUCACCCCCAUGGGGCGGUCUGGGCAUCAGCAGUGCCGCACCUGUCUACAGCAUGGGCAGCAUGGAUGCCGGCAACAUGGUAGCUAGGGUAUUCAUCACGCACGGAUGACGCGUGUCAUGGAUGUUUCAGUGGUUGUGGUGUGCAGGACGGCGUUGAGAUCUAUCGGUUGGCCCGUCGCAUCUCCCCAAACAUCGCUUAUUACCUCCCUCGCAGCACAUCGGUGGACGACGUCAAGCGCAUGGCCAGCCUCACGACAAACAAUGGCGUCGCGACAUCGCCGCGCCGCCUGCACGUGGAUCUGCAUGUCUGUCGCGACACAUACAUAAGUGGCGCCAGCGGGCCUCGCGACUGCAAGAGCGGGAGGAGCAGGGAAGUCGUGACCUUCGAUCACCUUGCUGCCGGUGAUCUCUCCCCUCACCCACCAGCUGAUGGCCACGUGCAGGUGACAAACAAUGACGAAUGGCGAUGGAAAGUCACAGCAGUCACGUGCUAUUUCGGUAUGAAGGAAUCGGGCAAUCGGGGCCUGCACACAUCACUUUGUGGUGACUUUUCUGCUGAGCAGGUGAGUAUGCGCGUCGUGUCUGCAACAGUGGCCCCUUAACUGUGGAGGAUGCUCUUGGGGAUUUAGUCCGUGAUGUGGUCCGGGUGGUGGGCGCUGACGUGCUGACGAGAGGCGUCGGAGUCAAGAUGCCGCCGGUACCAGCCGACUCGGUCGACAGCGCACUGCUGGCCAAUAGACAGGUGUGAAGACGAACAGAUAGCUCACAGGAGCCUCCUUUCAUCUGUAUGUCUAUCUGUGUCUCUGUGUCUACAGGUGCAGCUACUGAUGCGGCAGACGGCAUCGCGCCUCACUCACUGCCUACCAACCGCACCUGCAGCAUCGUCAGACGCCCUGCCUGAUGUCAGCGAGCGAGAUGCGAACUCUGCUUCUGCUGGCGAUGACGGCGUUCGUGCCAGAAAACGACCGCGGGUGUGGGAGGCUCUGGGGGCGAGGCUGCUGGCGCGGAGGAGCGGGAUGAAAGAAGCGUUUGCCUGCUUCACCGAGGUGCAGCAGAGGCUGCGCAUGAUGUGGCGGAGGAGGCGGAAGCUCAGACAGACAAAACGUGACCUGACGUGACGGUGAGCGUGUCGAUGAGGUAUUGUAUUUUGUUUAUAUGAAUGUAUGUGUACAUUCGCGCCGUCGAUUCCCUCAUCGCUCAAUCCGCUG